AACGUUGCAAAACGUUGCAAAACAUUUUGAGAUUGAACUCGCCCCAUGGUUCUGUCAACGUAGUAACGUUAACGGUACACAAUCAACCCAGACCGACAACCGUUGACACGACUCUUGUCAAAAAUAACCAUAACAGAUCGGCAAUCCAUUUCAAGAAAAUGAUUCCAGAGUUGUCCAACCCCUCGGUGUGUAUGAGAGACCCUCAGAAGGUACAGGAGAUCCUGCAGUCCAUGGUGAGAGCUGGCUCCAACACCGUACAGGUGAUCUCAGAUUUUGACAUGACCCUGACAAGAUUUGCAUACAAUGGCAAAAGGUGUCCUACCUGCCACAAUAUUCUUGACGACAGCAAACUUAUCUCCAGUGACUGCAAAGAAAAGCUGAAGGAGCUGCUCAACACAUACUACCCUAUAGAGAUCGACUCUUCACGGUCAGCAGAGGAAAAGCUGCCCCUUAUGGUGGAGUGGUGGACUAAAGCCCAUGAACUACUGGUACAGCAAGAGAUUAGGAAAGACCUGUUGGCUGUGGCUGUGCGGGAGUCUGAUGCCAUGCUGAGGGACGGCUACAAGCUCUUUUUUGACCACCUCAAUGAGCACAGCAUCCCUCUGCUAAUCUUCUCUGCUGGAAUAGGAGACAUCCUAGAAGAGGUUAUUCGCCAGGCUGGGAUCUUCCACCCCAACGUCAAAGUCUUCUCCAACUACAUGGACUUUGAUGAGUCUGGAGUGUUGAGGGCUUUCAAGGGAGAGCUGAUCCACGUCUACAAUAAAAGGGAGGGCGCGCUUCUCAACACCGGCCAUUUCCAGGAGCUGCGGACGCGGCCUAACGUGCUACUACUGGGAGACUCUCUGGGAGAUCUGACCAUGGCUGACGGGGUGCAGGACAUGGAAAACAUCCUCAAGAUCGGGUUCCUGAAUGACAAGGUGGAAGAGCGGAAGCAGUCCUACGUGGACACAUAUGACAUUGUGCUGGUAAAAGAUGAGACCUUGGAUGUCCCUAAUGCUAUACUGCUCUACCUCACUGGCAAUAAGUAACCUGAGAAAGUUUUUUUGGUGGGGGGGUUCACAACGAAUGUGUCAUUAUUCUUUAAUUUACAAAAUGAUUCGUUGACAGCCGCACCUCAGGCACGCCACAUCUCCCUUUUAUAUCUUUGUCCAUCGGUCUUCCUCUCGCGUUUAUAGUUAAACUGCUUUGGGACCAUAACUGUAUGUGAUGAUUGAUCUGAUUCUGAAAGCCAGAUUUGUUCUCUGUGUACCUACUGUGCAGCGUGUAACGUGUGUGUGUGUGUGUGUGUGUGUGUGUGGUCUGUAUGUCUGUAUGUGUGGUUAUGGGUUGGUAUGGGUUUGUUUCAGGGAAAGGCCUGUUCAGAGUUUUGGUCUUCAUAUAGGAUGUAAUGAUAAAGGGAAAGAAAAACGCACAACAGAAAUGUCAGCACUUGACUGAAUUUUAACCUGAAACCUGACGUUUUAAAAAAUAGUAACAAAACAAAUAUUUUAUGUCUUCAGGUUCUGGUCAAGCUUUUUUUAUGGAAACUAGUGUUUUAACACCUCAGUGCUACUUUGUGGUUAACUAUGACAAAAACACAAAUAUGUAGUAACUUUCUUAAAGUAAGAACUAACUGCUACCUCAGUGUUACAAAAAAACCCAAUGUAGGAUUUUUGAAAUUUGGUUAGUACUUAUUAUACCUUCACAGUCAUUGUAGCUGUACGGUUUUGGAAAAGCUGAUUCAACUGUUACUUUCUGCAAGGCAACAAAGAAAAGUUUCCAAAACCUUUAUAACUGAGGAUUAACAUUAUUUUCUUCUUUUGACCGAGCACAUCACCUCUUCAUAUGUUCCAACUUGUCUCAAGUAAAAAUGUGGUUUCAUCUGUUUCUUUGUCACAGUUGUCCUAUUUCAUUAACCUGAUUUUAAUGAAUAAAAAAUGUCUUCAAUGAAA